CCGCGGGCGGGGGGGCGGCCCCGCCGCGGGCUCGGCCCCGGUCCCAGCCCCGCGAGCAUGGCCGGCCGGACUGUACGGGCCGAGACCCGGAGCCGGGCCAAGGAUGACAUCAAGAAGGUGAUGGCGACCAUCGAGAAGGUCCGGAGAUGGGAAAAGCGCUGGGUGACUGUGGGCGACACUUCCCUUCGUAUCUUCAAGUGGGUGCCAGUGGUGGACCCCCAGGAGGAGGAGCGGCGGCGGGCAGGUGGCGGGACAGAGAGAUCCCGUGGCCGGGAGCGGCGGGGCAGGGGCGCCAGUCCCAGAGGGGGUGGCCCUCUCAUCCUGCUGGAUCUCAAUGAUGAGAACAGCAACCAGAGUUUCCAUUCGGAAGGCUCCUUGCAAAAGGGCACUGAGCCCAGCCCUGGGGGCACCCCCCAGCCCAGCCGGCCUGUGUCACCUGCUGGACCUCCGGAAGGGGUCCCUGAGGAGGCUCAGCCCCCACGGCUGGGCCAAGAGAGAGACCCUGAGGGCAUAACCGCAGGCGGCACAGAUGAGCCCCCAAUGCUGACCAAGGAGGAGCCUGUUCCAGAAUUGCUGGAGGCUGAGGCCCCUGAAGCUUACCCCGUCUUUGAGCCAGUGCCAUCUGUCCCUGAGGCAGCCCAGGGUGACACAGAGGACUCGGAGGGCGCCCCCCCACUCAAGCGCAUCUACCCAAAUGCCCCUGACCCCUGAGAAGCCAGCCUGCCUGUCCUGUCGCCCCAGGGACCCCUUUGGCUUUUUAUAAAUAAAGACCCUUUUGUAA